CGUUUCGAUUCCAAGAAUCCUUCUUUCCUCCAAUUUCACAUUGCACAUAGCCCAUCAAAGACUCGUGCUUUUUAUGCCUUUAUGUCAUUAUCGCACUCAAAACUCCAAAACUUUUCCCCGGAGACCUCUUCAGCUCAUAGUUCCUCAAAUCUCUGAAAUUGGGUUUCAAUUUCUUCACACAACUAGCUAAUCAUCGCGAGUUUGAAGCGCCCCUACAGGGAAAAUUCAAUGUAUCCCAAGGUGAAGGUGAGGGAUCAGCAGGAAGAGGAUGAUCAGUAUGCUUAUGGAUUGGGUUCUUUGCCAUCCUUAAAAGCUUUUGAUGCCAUCUCCAUCUCUGACUUGUCUUCUCCAGAUGAUUCUCCAACAUCAGUUGUAAGGAUUCCCAGGUCAUAUAUCUCAAAUUCAGCCAAGCCCGCAAGUCCUGUCUCCACAGGUGCAACGAAUAACAAGAGCCAAAAAACUUCAAGUGAAGGCACAACUAAACCGAGAUCUAGUUCAGUCCCAAGACCACGAGCAGUCUUAUCUAGUCCUGAUAAUGAUCAAAGGAUAGGAGUUAGUAACAAGCCGAGAGCUAAAUUGCUUCCUGGAUUGAAAAGUCAGAACACGUGCCAAAGUAGACAUACACAAUGCAAAAUUAUUCCCAGAAUGGCGAAAGCUGAAAGCCCUUUAAACGCUAUAGAGUUCAAAGAUUCAGAUCAAAGCAAAAUAAUUCCUAGAAUGACCAUAGGUGAAAGCCGCCCUAUAAACGCUAAAGAGUUCAAAGAUUCAGUUCAUGGUGAGACUGGCCUUCAGGUUAAAGGAAGGUUAGCGAGAACUGAACUGAAUCAGAAGACACAUAUCAGAAAAGGGCCGGGUUCUGCUAGAAGUAAAGCACUCGGGAAUUCCAAAGUGGCGGAGUAAAUUAUAAUUUUGAUUGAACCGCUCUUGCCAGCUGAAGUUCGUUUACACGAAUACGAUAUUCAAACUAAUAGAUUUGUAGAACUCAGAUCUCAUCUCCCUCUUGCAGCGAGCAUGUUGCCGGGAUCUUCUUUCUGAAAUCUAACUGCUAACGCUGCUCUACUUGUUUCAGAACAAGCUAAACUGUCCGAGUAAGCUAAAAAGUUAGAGCAGCUUCUUGUUCGUGUUUCUUGGUUUUCUUAGCAUUUGUUGCAUCAACCUCUGUGUUGAUCCAUUGUGGCUCUGAAGUGUUUUAUAUGAUGAUUGAUGAGUGCCAGUUUUCCACUUUUUCUUCUCAUUUUUCGACUCUCGAACUCUUCGUUCGUGUAAUUCUUUCUUAUGAUAAUGGAGUAUGAAAGAAUAAAUUUACUUGAGUGGCAA